CGGCGUUCUGUGUGAUCUUGCCGCUGCUCCUCCCCUCUGCGCUGCAUGGUAUUGUCUGUCUGACCAAAGCCGCUCUUCAACCCAACCCCAAAGACGAGGCCGUGAAAAUGGCUUGCGUUCGGCCACUACUGCUUUUGGCCCUGGCAGCCGGCGCUAUGGGUACAUCCGACGACAUGGGCCCUGCCGCCAUUAUGUGGCCGCCCGACCGCGCCUGGUCCCAGCAGGCUGACAACACUCCUCCGUGCGGCUCCGUUGCCGGUGUCACGAACCGCACGGCCUUUCCGCUGAGCGGCGGUCGCAUUGCCUUUGUCGCCCAAGACAACUCCUUCAAUCCUGAAAUCAGCAUUUCGUUCAGCAACGAUCCCAAAACUCAAUCCGACUUCACCCCUCUAGAGACCUCCCCCGUCCCCGAGCUCUACCCAGGCCACACCUGCCUCUCGGUCCCGGACAUCACCACCAUCACCAGCCCUAGCGCCAACCAACCCCCUUCCGUCGGCACCAACGCCACCAUCCAGAUCAAGUACACGGCCGACUUCGACCGUCCGGAGAACCAGACCUUCUACGCCUGCGCCGACAUCACCUUCGUCGCCGCGUCCGCCUUCAACCCGGCCUCGGUGCCCUGCUUCAACGCGACCGAGCAGGUCGAGGUGCCCGCGCCGACGGCGACCGGCGUCAUCCCGACGGACCUGCCGGGCCACGGGGAAGGCGACGGCGGGACGCCGCCGCUGGUGGCGCCGAGCGCUGCCGUCUCGACCGGCAGUGGGGGUGGCGCGGCGGCCCCGCUGUCCAAGGGGGCGAUCGCGGGCGCGGUGGUCGGGUCCGUGCUCGGGUUCGCGCUGGUGGUCGGGCUGGCCCUGCUGUUGUACAGGGAGAGGGAGAGGCGGAAGAGGGUGGUGCGGCAGAGGGAUUCGGCGAGGGCGGUCAAGUGGGUUGGGGAGGAGGCGCGGAGCGUCGGGACGGCGUCGGCCGAGGGGGAGAGUAUCCGGCUGGGGAAUGUGGCGCCGCGGGAGUAAGAGAGGGUGGUUCAAGGGGGGAUGGCGCUUGAUUGUUCCUAUGGAAUGGACACGUAUGGAAAUGUUUAACGAUGUUCAAUUUCGUUCCUGGAGCUCCUGCUUGUCAAGAUUCAUCCCACAACUUGGGUCGCCCUGUUGGGAAACUUACGUUUAAUUUUGUCGUUGUUCUACUCCCUUUUUGAGCCUAUCUGACUCGACCAUUCCCCCC